AUGUGACAAUUGCGUGGAGAGACGACAGCACGGGCAGCUGAAACGCAGACAGCGCGACGAGGAGGCGACCUUAUACGCAAGACCAACGCAAGACCAGAUCUAGACAUGCCAUCCGCCAUUGCCGCCUGCAAAUUCGUAGGCACGACGAGCUUGGGGCUCUUCACCGGUGUUUCGUACUCGCUGGCCGCUUUGUCCAUACCAUCCCUGCUGGCUCUCCCUUCGGCAAAGCCUGCACAGCAUGUUUUCGUCUCGUUGAAGCAAUCCGCCUCGCUCCAUCUACGCUCCCUGGCCAUCGUCUCAUUCUUGUCCUUUAACCUUGCCUACGUACUUUCACCCGCUCGCGCCAGACACCCCUACCUUCUCUGGACUGCUCUGGUCGCCGGCCUGGCCGCCGCCUCAGAUCUAGUCCCUACGCAAUCGCUCAUCGGGGAACAAGACGACGUCAACGGCGAAACAGUCGAGAAAGCUGUCAAGGCUUCGCAGAGAAUUGAGCAGGCAAGAGCCACUGUCGGCUUUGCCGGAUUUGCGAUGGCUGUCAUUGGCAUAUGGGGUGAUGGUGCUUGAUAUGUCAUUCGGGAUCUGCUCCUAGCAACAAUCACAUUUUCUUAUUGGACUCGUUUUGUCUUUCACGAGCGACGUGGCGUAUCGGGAUCUGUCUCGAGCAUAGCAAAUACAGGCUUCUGACUAUCUUUGGUUCAGCACAAACAACGUGUGA